AUGGCGCCCCUCGACGACGUCCAGGUGGGUGACCUGGUCAAUGUCCCCGGGGGUAUGUUCGGGACGGUCAAAUAUCUGGGAAGUGUUGCGGGCAAGCCGGGAAAGUUUGCAGGCAUUGAGCUGGCGCCGGAGCAUGCCAGACGAGGCAAAAACAAUGGAGAUGUCGAGGGCAGGCGAUACUUCUCUACGUCUGUCCCCGGCUCAGGGAUCUUUGUGCCUAUGAACAACAACAAAUACGUCACCAAGCGCUCGUCUGGUCCAACCUCGACAGUGAGCACCGGCCCUCCAACCCCCUCCCGACCGGUCAAUUUCAGCAAGUCCGUUGGCCCUGGUCCCGCAAUGCGCCCACCACGCGUCCGACGCCCUUCCCUCCCCCGCCCUGAAUCUCCUAGAGGACCUCCGCCGUCCAAGCUCACCUUGACCGGGCUACGCACGCCCUCUUCAGCCUCCCGCGCCGCUCCCUCCAGCACCUACCCCCGCAGUCCUAUCAAAGCCCCGUCGCGCGCCUCUGACCGCCCUCCCUCGCGAGUCAGCCGGGUGAGCACAGAGGAUGAUGGUCCGGCAUCUAGAGUAUCUGAAGUUCAGCAAUCAGCGAUGGCAGCAGAGGUGCAAGAGCUGAAGGAUCACAUCAAGAGUCUCGAGAACCAACUUCUCGACCGAGAUAAGCAGCUAGAUGAGCAAGCUCAUACCCUGUCCGACUUUCAGAGAACUCUGGAGGAACUGGAGGGGUCAGAUUCGCUGUCCAUCCGGGCCCAGUUGCGUGAAAGAAACGAGAGAAUUGCUCAGCUGACGGCCGAGUUUGACUUGCACCGCGCCGACUUCCGAAGCACCUUGGAUACUUUAGAGAUCGCUGCUUCCGAGACGGAGCGAGUUUAUGAGCAGCGCCUGGACGAAUUGAUGCAACAAAAUAGAGAGCUUCAGGACCGCGGGGAGGAUGUCGAGGCUGUUGCGCGACAGCUCAAGCAAUUGGAAGAAUUGGUGUCGGAGCUCGAAGAAGGUCUGGAGGACGCCCGGCGUGGUGAGGCCGAAGCCAGGGCAGAAGUUGAGUUCUUGCGCGGGGAAGUCGAGCGGACAAAGCUCGAACUACAGAAGGAGCGGGAUUCCAAGGAUUCCCAUGCAGCUAGUGAUGGGCCGCAGUACUCGAAGGAACUGGAGCAGAAGGAUGAUGAGAUCCGUGGUCUAAAAGCAAUCAUCCACUCCUUGAGCCGUGGCGACCCAGAUUUGCAUGCCCUGCAACAGAAUGGAUUUGGAACGAGCCCGCCGAACCAUGAUCCCGACCAUGUGGCUCACUUGGAACAACGUGUCGAGGAAUUUGAACGCAUCGCCGAAAGAAAGACAUACCGCAUUGAAGAACUAGAACGCGAGCUCCAGCAGUUGCAGCUGAAUGGUGAAACACACGCUCCCGGCUCCGCGGUCUCUUCGUCGCCCAACCACCAAAAGUCCCCCAGCGUCAAUGGGAAGCUCACAAACGGCCAUGGAAUCAACCAUGCGCAUCGGCUUUCGGAUCGCACAGUCGUUCCCCACGACUGGCAAGAUUUACCUCCGCACGAGGGACAAUAUCAGGCCUACUCUACCCGCCACCGCGGUAUUUCGGACGCUUCUCAUCAUCGUCUGGAGACCAUGCACGAGUCAGACGGCCGCUCGGAGGACGGUGGCUCCUUGUGGUGCGAGAUCUGUGAAACCGGAGGGCACGAUAUUCUGACCUGCACCAACAUGUUUGGCGCAGAAAGUAAGAAGGUCCCUGAUGCUGCCGAGGCACCCCAUGACGACAGCUCUGUGGAUGAAAAGCCAACUCCAGAGGAAUCCACGGGUGAACCGUCCACGUCCUCACAUGAAGAGGACGCGACUCCUCAGAAAACGGGCCGUGAUGCUGUGAUGGAGGGACUAAGGGAAGCGAACAACUUGUCCGCUUCUUCCUCAACCUUGGGCCCUGUUGGCGGCAAGGAAAGCGGCGUCGUUGACGAGUCUAAGUGGUGUGCUCUUUGCGAGAGAGAUGGCCACGAGAGCAUUGACUGUCCAUUUGAUGAUUGA